AAGUAGACAGCAUUAACUAAUGUUCAUUAGAACACGAAACACCUCAGGCUUUGUUGAUAUUGUUCGGUUCAAUACAUCUGGUUCCAAAUGAACAUUUUCAUUUGAGAUUUUUUUUCUGCUCUGUUAGUGAAGAUAACAUGGGUUCGUUAAUUAGCAAGUGUCUCGAUGGACAUAAUGUGCAUCAGGAGGACACGUCCAGAACUGCUUUACAACAAGAUGAACUCGAAGAGUACAAGCAGAAUUAUCAGCAAGAACUCCAAGCACGUAAACAAUACCAAGACGAGCUGAAAAAAACAAGAAAUGAACUGGAAGAAUACAAGAAGAACAGUCAAGCAAGUGAAAAUCGAUACAAAGAGCAGCUGGAACGAAAUAGAGUUGAACUCGAGCAGUGGAAGACGAAUUUUCACUAUCAACUCCAAGCAUGUGAAUAUCAAUACACAGAGAAGCUGAAACUAUACAAAGAGGAGUUGAAACGAAAAAGAGAUGAACUCGAACGGUGCAAGAAGGAUUUUCUGCAUGACCUCCAAACACGUGAAUAUAUAUACAAAGAGGACCUGAAAAAAAUACGUCAUGAACUGGAUCAAUACAAGAUCAAUUCUGAACACUUCCAAGCAAGUGAAUAUCAAUACAAUGAGGAGCUUAAACAAUACAAAGAGGAACUGAAGCAAUGCAAGGAGGAGCUGAAACAAAAAAGUCAGGAACUGGAAAAAUACAACAAGAAUUCUGAGCGCUCUCAAGCAAGUCAGGUACUGGAACAAUACAAGAAGAGUACUGAGCGUGUUCAAGCAAGGGAAUAUCAAUACAAAGAGGAGCUUAAACAAUACAAAGAGGACCUGGAAAAAUGCAAAGAGGAGCUGAAACAAAAAAGUCAUGAACUGGAACAACACAAGAUCAAUUCUGAGAACUUCCAAGCAAGUGAAUAUCGAUACAAAGAGGAUCUGAAACAAUGCAAAGAGGAGCUGAAACAAAAAAGUAAUGUACUGGAACAAUACAAGAAGAAUUCUGAGCGUGUUCAAGCAAGUGAAUUUCGAUAUAAAGAGGAGCUGAAACUAAAAAGUCAUGAACUGGAACAAAGCAAGACAAAUUCUGAACACUUUCAAGCAAGUGAAUAUCAAUACAAAGAGGAGCUGAAACAAUGCAAAGAGGAACUGAAACAAAAAAGUCAGGAACUGGAACAAUACAAGAAGAAUUCUGAACACGCUCAAGCAAGCAAUGAAUAUCGAUACAAAGAGGAUCUGAAACAAAAAAGUCAUGAACUGGAACAAUACAAGAAGAAUUCUGAGAACUUUCAAGCGAGUGAAUAUCGAUACAAAGAGGAGCUGAAACAAAAAAGUCAGGAACUGGAACAAUACAAGAUGAAUUCUGAGCGCGUUCAAGCAAGCAAUGAAUAUCGAUACAAAGAGGAUCUGAAACAAAAAAGUCAGGAACUGGAACAAUACAAGAAGAAUUCUGAGAAAUUUCAAGCAAGUGAAUUUCAAUACAAAGAGGAGCUGAAACAAUGCAAAGAGGAACUGAAACAAAAAAGUCAGGAACUGGAACAACACAAGAAGAAUUCUGAGCGUGUUCAAGCAAGUGAAUAUCAAUACAAAGAGGAGCUGAAACGAAAAAGUCAGGAACUGGAACAAUACAAGAAGAAUUCUGAGCACUUUCAAGCAAGUGAAUAUCGAUACAAAGAGGAGCUGAAACUAAAAAGUCAGGAACUGGAGCAAUGCAAGAAGAAUUCUGAGCACUUUCAAGCAAGGUAUAGUAUUAGUGAAUAUCGAUACAAAGAGGAUCUGAAACAAUGCAAAGAGGAGCUGGAAAAAAAAAGAGAUGAACUCGAAAAGCACAAGAAGAAUCUUCAGCAUGAACUCCAAGCACGUCAGGAACUGGAACAAUACAAGACAAAUUCUGAGAACCUUCAAGCAAGUGAAUAUCAAUGUAAAGAGGAGCUGAACCAAUACAAAGAUGAGCUGAAACAAUACAAGGAGGAGCUAAAACAAAAAGGAGAUGAACUCGAAAAGCACAAGAAGAAUUUUCAGCAUGAACUCCAAGCACGUCAGGAACUGGAACAAUACAAGAAGAAUUCUGAGUAUGUUCAAGCGAGUGAAUAUCGAUACAAAGAGGAGCUGAAACAAUGCAAAGAGGAGCUGGAAAAAAAAAGUCAGGAACUGGAACAAUACAAGAAAAAUUCUGAGCGCUCUCAAGCAAGUGAAUAUCGAUACAAAGAGGAGCUGAAACAAAAAAGUCAGGAACUGGAACAAUAUAAGAAGAAUUCUGAGCGUGUUCAAGCAAGUGAAUAUCGAUACAAAGAGGAGCUGAAACAAAAAAGUCAGGAACUGGAACAAUACAAGAAGAAUUCUGAGAACUUUCAAGCAAGUGAAUAUCGAUACAAAGAGGAGCUAAAGCGAAAAAGUCAGGAACUGGAACAAUACAAGAAGAAUUCUGAGCGUGUUCAAGCGAGUGAAUAUCGAUACAAAGAGCAGCUGAAACAAAAAAGUCAGGAACUGGAACAAUACAAGAAGAAUUCUGAGCGUGUUCAAGCAAGUGAAUAUCGAUACAAAGAGGAGCUAAAACGAAAAAGUCAGGAACUGGAACAAUACAAGAAGAAUUCUGAGCGCUCUCAAGCAAGGGAUGAACUCGAACAGUACAAGAAGAAUUUUCAGCAUGAACUCCAAGCACGUGAAUAUCAAUGUAAAGAGGAGCUGAAACAAACAAGACAGGAACUUGAUCAAUGCAAGAAGGAUUUAGAGCGCUUCCAAGCAAGGAUGGCUUUUGAGGCAUCUGUCGACAUGGGAACCAGCGGUGCUUUAUGUGAGGACAUUAAUAAUCCUUGCAGAGAAUCAGAGCUAAGGAAGAUGUAUGAUAAAUUGAGACUACAAAAGUUGUCAAAGCAUAUAAUGGACAUAAAAAUGAAAUCAAAGAAAGACAAAACUAUAAGUGAGACAAAAGAAAAGGAACGGCUUAAAGCAAUGCUGAAGGAUAUUUUCGACAAAGCUCAACAAGACAUGACUAAAAAGAAAGAAUAUUUUUUAUUCUUUUUCCAAGUUGACCUUAAAAAAGAGGAAGGUGAAAAAGGGGAGUUAAAGAAAACAGAAAUGAAAAGUAAAAAACAGCUAAUGAAGCAACUUAAAUACAUUGAAUUGGCUAUCCAAAAUAUUCAAAUGAUAAUAUUUCACGAAGAGGCUAGAGACCUCCAGACCAUGUACAAGCAACCUGACCCUCUGUGUGAGCUGGCUGAUGAAUGUUACAAGGUCGGCUGCCUGCUGGCUUUACACAAUCCACCUCUGCUGCUCGACUGGGAGAAAAAAGAGCCGUCAGAUUACCUGCCACCAAUUACGAUGGAAGACACAUCUGCAAAGACAGCUCUGUAGAUUUAAAAUCCAGCAUUAGAGAGAUUACAGACUUCAUGUAAAGAUUGAUUUAGAUUCUAUACAUUUUAUACUUAAUAAACCAAUAGUCACUACUUUUAAUGUGAAUGGUUAGGGGUUGGAAAGCAUAAUUUUGUCACUACUUUUAGUAAAUAUGGCAUUUCUCAAUUAAAAUUAAAAAUACAAUUAUUGGGCCAUUACAUGAAUAAAAUCAAAAAUCAUGUUCCUGCAUGACAUUCAGUCAGAUAUAUUUUUUUCUUAAGCCCAGCUCACACUGUGAUUUUAGCCACAAUAUUUAAAAAAAACCUAUAAUCCUAAAAAAAAUCCUGGGCUAAAAUCUGUAUUCUUUGUUCAUUAGUUCCAUUGUUUCACAAUCAAUUUUUUAUUUUUAUUUUUUACCUCUGACAAGAUUCUGGCAGUAUCAAAAGAUUCUUUGCAUGGUCCUGCAUUGUGACAUCUCCUAUGACGAACAUCCAUCAAACUUUUUUCAUAUUUCAAGAGAUUUCUAGAGAUUUCUUCUAAAUGGCAUAUACUCCUGCACUCUCGUCUUCCACUUGUUAAAUCCAUCUGAUAUGUUGCCUUUCCUAUGUUAAUGGUACUCCUCAUAAUAUUUUUCUUAAAUAUGUUGGUUUUACCAGCAUUCAUAUACUUUUCGUGAUAACCAACAAACACAGUUGUUUUCUCCCUCUCGAUCAGUAGAUGGGCUCAGCAGCCUCCACGUCCUGUUUCUGCAGAUAUGAUUGUUUGCACAGCACAUACACACAUAAUAUCAUGUAGAAAAACACAGAGCCUUUAUGAGGCCUGGGCACAGUGCUUCUAUUGAGUAAAACCUGUAAAACAUAAAUCCUUUAAAACAUAAAUCCCACAAUUCCCUCUCUUGAUCUCUUUGAAAGAGAUCACAACCUUUGCUCCACUUCUUCCUCAUCUUCCAUGUCACCGACUGCUUCUCCCUCUCUCUGACCUUCUCGAAGAUCGGCUCGAACUGUUGUCAGAGGCCUGCUAGGGGCAGAACAGAAACAGCAAGCAGACAGGUGAAACCAUUUGUUACCUUUUCCAGCC